AUGAGUGGCAAGGACGAUUCUACCACCUCCCCUGUGGAGUUGGGUCACAACACCUCCAACGAGAAGCGCAACUCGAUCACCGGCGAUGUCGUCGCGCACGACAACCGUGGCAGCGAUUCUGAGCUCCAACGGCUGCUCAGCACGCGCCACGUCACCAUGAUUGCCCUCGGCUCUUCCAUCGGAAUGGGUCUGUGGAUUGGUUCUGGUGCCUCCCUCGCCGGCUCCGGUCCUGCCUCUCUCUUCCUCGGAUAUAUUCUCGCCGGUACCAUGAUUUGGUGUGUCGUCCACUCCAUCGGUGAGAUGGCUAUCAUGUACCCUCUGCCUUCGGCUUUCGUCCAGUGGUCCGGCAAGUUCGUCGAUCCCGCCGCCAGUUUCGCUCUGGGCUGGUCGUACUGGUUCUCCUUUGUCAUCACCAUUGCCAACGAACUCCAAGCUGCCAACUCCCUGAUCUCGUGGUGGACCGAGGCCGUUCCCAUUGCUGCCUGGAUCACCAUCUGGUGGGCGGUGAUUGUCCUCGUCAACAUUGGUGCCGUCAGCGUCUUUGGUGAGAUCGAGGUCAUCUGCUCCUCCAUCAAGUUCGGCUGGAUCUUUGUCGUCAUCAUCUCCAUGAGUGUCAUCUCUGCCGGCCACGGUGCCAAGGAGGCGGUCGGCUUCCGCUACUGGAACGAGAAGCCCUUCAAGAACGGCUUCAAGGGUUUCCUCAACGUCAUGCCCACCACCAUCUUCGCCAUGUCUGGCUCUGAGAACUGUGGUCUCGUCGCUGCUGAGACCAAGAACCCGAAAAAGUCGGUGCCCCGCGCUGUCGGCUCCAUCUGGCUUCGUCUGUCCCUCUUCUACCUCCUCGGCUCGUUGAUGGUCACCAUCAACCUUGACCCCGAUGAUGACCGUCUCUUCGGCAGCGGUGGCUCCAAGACGACUGCCUCUCCUUACGUCAUUGCGUACCAGGAUGCGGGCGUCUUGCCCCUGGCCCAUAUGCACAACGCCGUCGUCCUGCUUUCCGUCAUCUCCACCGGCACGAUCUCUGCCUACGCUGGUGCCCGUACCACGAUGGGUCUCGCUCAGCUCGGCAUGGCCCCCAAGAUUCUCACCCGCGCUGACAAGACCGGCCGCCCCUGGUUCGCUCUCAUCCCCACCUUCCUCGUUGGCGGUGCUCUCGCCUACCUCAACGUCAGCAACUCGGGUGCCGAAGUCUUUGGCUGGUUCUCCAACCUGACCUCGCUCUUCACCCUGUUCGGCUGGGGCAUGAUCUGCCUGUCCCACAUCCGCUUCCGCACUGCGUGGGCUCGCCAGGGCCGCACUCCCGAGGAGCUGCCCUGGAAGUCGUGGAUCUACCCGUACGGCGCCUGGUACGGCCUGGCUCUGUGCAUCCUCCUCAUCAUUGUCCAGUUCUACCUGGCCGUCUGGCCUCUGGACGACGACCCGUCGCCGACCGGCACCGUCGAGGGCUUCUUUGCCAAUUACGUGUCCGUCAUCAUCUGCAUUGUCCUUUGGCUCGGCGCUCGUGCCUACUACCGUGGCACCUGGUACGUCAAGCUCGACUCGAUCGACCUUGACGAGGGCCGUCGCUUCUACGAGACCGACGAGGAGGCCCCUCCCGUCAAGGGUGCGCUUGGCCACACCAAGAAGGCCCUGGGCUACAUCUUCAACUAA